AGAAACCCAACGCCAGCGCUGUGAUUAGAAACAGUCUCAAAAUGAAAGUAAAAAACACAACUUCACUUCCCAACGCCUGAAGUUUCUCACAAGAAGCAGAAGAGCGAACCUCCUGUACUCCCGGAGGAACCUGAAGAGAGCGAUACUGACGCUAACAUGCAGUACCAGUGGCCUGAAGAUGACGACUUUGAUCUGCCCACUGGGGUACUACGCCUGGACCUCCCUGAGCCAGUUAGUGGUAGGAGGUACAUCAUGUACCACGGCACCUGCAGGAAGACAGUUAAAUCCAUCCUGGCCUCAGGGUUUCGGCUGUCUGAAGACGGGAUGCUCGGCCGCGGCGUCUACCUCAGCAGAGACCUGGACAAAGCCAGCCGCUAUCCCCUCGAUCACUGUGAGUCUGACAAGGUCGUCAUUAAGGUUAUUGUUGAUGUGGGUAAAGUGAAAGCCAUCAAUUAUCAAGGCCACCCGCUUCAGACAACCUGGCAUGACGACGGCUACGACACCGCCUGGGUGCCGCCAAAGUGUGGAAUGGUGCCGAGCGGAUUGGAGGAGGAUUGUGUCUGGGAUCCCCGUCGAAUCCAGAUUAUUGGUACCAUCCACCCACACCAGGUCCAGGCCUCCGGUGGAUCCCUUGAGUAUCAGUGGGUUGAAGAUGACUUCAAACUACCUGCUGGAGUAGGUCGAUUGGAUCUCCCUGAAGUAGUUAGUGAUAAAACGUAUGUCAUGUACCACGGCACCUGCUGGAAGAAUGUUUUAUCCAUCCUGAAAAAAGGAUUUCGCCCGUCUGAAGAAGGGAUGCUCGGCCGUGGCGUCUACCUCAGCAGAGACCUGAAGAAAGCUAGCCGCUAUCCGAUGGAUCAUCAUGAGUCUGACAGGGUCGUCAUUAAGGUUAAGGUCGACGUUGGGAAAGUGAUCGCCAUCAAACUAAAAAAACACAUUUUUAAGAAGACCUGGCAUAACCACGACUACGACACCGCCUGGAUGCUGCUAAAGAGUAGAACAGGGAAGAGCGGUUUGGAGAGGAUUUGUGUCUGGGAUCCCCGUCGAAUCACGGUCAUCGAUACAAUCACACCACGCCCAGUCAGUUAGUCUCAUUUAUUUUAUACGUUCAAAUGUAGUUUUAUAUAUUUGGAUUAAAAGUCAGUGACGUUGCAUGUUGUUACUGUGUCUCUGUAACCUGGAGAAUAAAUGUGUCAUAACUCUGAGCUUCUGUUUGGUGUUGUUGACAGUGUGAUGAGUAUAUUUUUUAGAGAUAUUAGUCUCUGCAGACAGUUUAAUACAAU